AUGAUGUCCUCUCCCACAUCAUCGCAGAACAUUCUGUCUACAAACAAUCUCUCAGUCCUGCCACCCAUCCUCACCGAUGGGACGGUGAAACGAUCAUCGACGCAUCCGAAGGAUCGGCUUUCCACGUAUUCCAAUGUCUCGCUUGCAUCGCAAAAUCGUUCGCGCCCAGGCUCCCACGUCUUCCCCAUCUUCCACACCAGCCUUCCAUAUGCCCUCGUGCGAGACUUCGCUUACCCGUCCACCCAUCCUCUCCAUUACGGGCCUCCCCCUCCUCGUGCCUCCGGGGUUUCUACACCGGCCAGUGAAAAUCGACGGCUCUCCGAUCCACCACCUUCGUGGGAUAUCUCGCGGGGAUGGUCAACAGGACAAUCGAGCACAGAAUCUCAGAUUAGCCAUGUCCACCAACAGUUGCCAGCUAUGUCCUUUGGGGAUGGACCACCAUACAGCGAGGAUGAGGAUCUGCAUAGCCCAGUUGUGACCUCGCGUCAUCGCAAGAAGACUUCUGACAUGAAUGGUCUUGUAGAUGAGAGAGUCAUGUCUGGAACUGGUCAGGCGGUCAACAAUGGUCGCGGGGUGCUCGUUGGCAUUAACGCCGAUGGCAGUGAGACAUAUUACGUAAAUGAUGCAAACACAUCAGAUGAAAGCCCAGGUGGUGAGUACGUGACAUAUCCGGCAAAUGAGGGGCGCUAUUCAAUCAUGGGAUACAACGCCCCCAGCGGCCAGCAAGGCUACGAACAUGAUCCUGGCUUUGAGUCCGAAGAUGAAAUUCCUGGUGAAAACCGGUACUCUAGAGACUAUCAGUUUGCCGUUGGCUGUCCAGAUGAAGAGAUGCAUGGAAAAGCCGUUGCACUCUUUGACUUCACACGAGAGCAUGAGAACGAACUGCCUCUUACUGAGGGCCAAGUGAUUUAUGUUUCAUACCGGCAUGGCCAGGGCUGGCUAGUUGCAGAAGAUCCCAAGACAGGGGAGAAUGGCCUUGUCCCAGAGGAGUUUGUGCGUCUUCUGCGAGACAUCGAAGGGGGUUUGACGUCGCUGAAUGGAGAACCAAACCCUGAGGUCACAGGAACCGCAGAUAUCAGUCUAGACCCCACUGAGUCUGACCAAAUAUCUACGCCUACCCAGGUAGAGCAGGCCUCAUCUGACGUGAACGCCCAGGCUGGAAACAAAGCCGCCAACGGCAAUACCCCAGCUGCAGCCUCGACGGAAGGCGCAGACGUAUCUCAGUCUGUGUUGGAUCCCGAAAUCCCGGCCAGCAAAGCUCCUGAGAGCGCCGACAAACGCUGA